GCCCGCCAUGACGCAAGUGAUAAACGCAUAAACGCACGUCACAUCAAUGCGAUUCGUCCGAUCGUCAUAUCACCAAACACCCAGCGACACAUACGAGUUGCCUACAGCCUGGGUCUACACAUCAGUCUUGUCUCCGCUACUGGAUGGCUACUCACUCUGCGCACCUACUGCGACACCAACCGGGGUUUAGAUACCACAGCACCGCCCCGCAGCAGCAUCCAACCCGAACACGCGACGCUCAACACUGCCAUGACGACCAGCACACCCGAAGAGCACUCCACCAGCCAAGAGAAGGCCUGCAUGAACCAGUAGACCGACUCGGGGGCAAAUCCCUCGCCCAGCAACCACCACACCUUGCCCUCAGACAGCACUCUUGCCGGCAGGGAAGCGGGCAGAGAUGCCAGGGAAGCAUCCAGCUGGUGCAAAGCCGUCACGAGCGGACCGGCGUAUCUCUCUAUCCACAGGAGUCGCGUCACAGAGCCAGCAGCCAUGAGGGUCACGGUUCGAGAGAGCCCCCUCAUCGGGCCGAUGACCGUCGCAUAGGUGGGCAAGAGGAACCACUCGAUCGCCCGCAGCAUCUGUUCCACCAUCACGCGAUGCCCCACCUGGCCGAGCAGGAAUCCGCUGCUCACAGCCGUCACCAGAAACCCUCUCCACUGGUCGAAUAAGAGGCAGGGGAUGACCAGAAGCAGCAUGAACUCGGUCAGCACUCGCCGGACGCCCGAGUGUGGCUUUCGAAGUGGUUUGAGGUGGGCCGGGUGGGGCGCGGGUGAGAGGCUGCGUGGCGUGGUGGGGUGGGGGGGCGGGGGCGAAUCGGAGUCGCAAGAGAGACUGGGGGACUGGUACAACAGCAGGUCGCAGCAGUCCUGGGAGUAUCCGUCCACGAGGUUGUUCAGGAAGUACCUGACGACGUAAGGAGCACACAGACGAUAUCCUCAGGCAGGCUCUGUCCGUCUUGCCCGUCCCACCUGUGUAUGGCGUUUUUGCCGUCCUGCAGCAGCCCAGCCGUCGUGCGCUUCCCCAGCCGCGUAAAGUCGGUCUUGAGGGCGGGCGUGCCGGCAUACAGGGCACUGAGGGCAUCCGCAUUGUCGGCCCACGCAUCGCGGAACAGCUGCUCGAAAUCCUCAUUCGCCAGCGGCGCAAACGGGUCGUCAGACGCCUGCACACAUGGCAUUACGCCAGACAUUGAGCCAUGUCUGAGUGGCUGAGUGGCUGUCUCUCUGUGGCUGACUUACAUGGGUGCCGUCGUCAGUGUAUCCGAUGCAGAGUCGCUUGAGCUGCUGCCGCAGCGAGCGGCGUGCCAGGAGUGACUGCACCACGUUGGUGCGGUCGAGACAGUCGACACAGUUGGUGCGACACACGCCCGACUGCUUGAGCAACACCUGACCAGCCAGCGCCAUGUCCUGCACACACACAGAGAGCAUGUGGCCACGCCACGCAUGCGUCAAUGGCAGCGGUGUGUGUGUGUGUGUGUGUGCGUGCGUACCUUCGUGUGUGGGGGUCUGUCUGUGAGCAGGGUGUCGCUCCUGCCGCCCUCAAUCGGCCCAUUCUGCUGCGGCUCUUGGUGCUCGGGAGCUGGUGGCGGUGGUGGGUUGGUCGACGGGACGUCGUGCAGUUCUAUGAGCGUGUAUGCCUGGUGGUCGAGGUCGUCCUGGAUCUGUCCCAUGAGCUUGGACAGGUUGUGCCACUGCAUCUUGCGACACUCCUUGUGGAAAUCAAACCUGCACGAAGGAAUGGAUUGAUGGACAUCUUCAGCAUUUCCACCGUGGUGUGUGUGUGUGUAUCGACCAGAUGUAGUGGAGGUUUGGGCUCUCCGUCUCCUCCACCACACGAGUGAACGCGUCCCCAAGACGCUGAGCCAAUACACAGAAGAGAAACAACGCUGUUCUGUUUGGUCUCUGUGUGCCGAGCUUUGCUAAUGCGUUGUGUACCUUUUGCCAGCUCUUCAUGUCGACUAGAUUUAUCAGCAGAUUCCGUCCAUACAACCUGAUGACACACACACAUUUGCGCGGGCACUCUGCCUCCCUGCCAGCCCUCUCGUCGCCCAGUCCACUCACUUGACACAUUCCUCCAGGUGCCGGGUGCCUGCGGCGAAAUUCGCGCUGAAGUCACCGCAUAUCUUGGCCUUCGGGGCCCACCUGACACACACACACACACAAACAUCAGCUAGCACACCAAGGACGGAACAGAUAGAUCGGAUCAUUAUGGUGGCGGAGCGAGCAGCUGACUUGAGGUUUGGCGGUUGUUUCCACACGAGCGGGAUAGAGCCUCUCGUCUGCACAUGGCUGCAGAUGCGGUAGCGGCCCCCCUGGUGGCAUAUCAACAGCUGCUCCGUCUCAACGAAGUUGGACGCAUAACCUGCCAACACACACAACGCAGACAAGGCAUCUCAUCUUUCUAUUCGGUAGUUCGAUGCCAUGUCUUUAUGACCGUUUUGGUUGACGCCUCGGCGGUGGAAUCGCACGCCAGCCCUGCGGCAGUCGCGCCUCGAGAUGAGCACCAGCUUCAUGUUACGGCCCAUGCCAGGCACCUCAUGCAUCAACACACACCUGCACCUCGCACCAGACGCCACGCAAUGCAAUGCACACAGCGAUUUGGCAUCCGACCCAUCCCAUCCCAUCCCCCAGUGACUCACCCGUUGAUGACCAUGGUGGUCCAGUUGGGUGCAUGUGCGGUGAUGGGGCCCUCGAGCAUGCGCCGAUUCCACACGAACCGUGGGUCACACUUGAGCACACGGGGAGUCUCGUAGUGGAAGUCGCUCCACCCAUCGCCAGCACCACGCAACUGCCGGGCCGUCCGCGUCAGGUCCCACCUGCAUUCAUUCACACAUCGAAUGCAAUGCAUGCAUACACAUGAACAAGGGCGCUCAGACAUGCGUGUCUGUCCUGUGGCCUACCCCUGUGAGAAAUAGAAUCCGCCCUUGUGCAGGAGUUCGGCGACCAUGUCCUUUGCCAGUUUGCUCUCGGCAUCCUCCUCCCCAUCGCCUCCAUCAUCGAUGCGAAGGAACUCACACCGCCGUAUCUCGAAGACAGGCCGCUUCACGAUGUCACCAGUGUAGAGACACUCGGUGACAACCACCAGAUAACGCACUGCACCGAAGGUGAGGGUGCCGAGGCAUGCCCAGGCUGACAAGGCCGACAAGGGCGGGGAGGGCUGCGGCGGCGGCAGCAGCUCCAUGCGGACAGUGCCGUCGUGUGUGAGCAGAUGCAGAGAAGCCUGGUCAGGUGCACGGCGGACCACCACUCUGUCAUCGUGGAUCUCAACGGAGAAGAAAGGAUGGAAGAUCAGCCUUGCGUCAGUCAUUGCACAUGCGCAUCCG